GCACUGCACUGCCAACGUAUGCAAACAGGAACAUGGCUACCGGUGCUUAACAUCAGCAGUACAUCGUUAUAAUUCACUCCUGACGGCCUGACACAGUGUGUGACAGUAUUAUACCUGCAGUGCCUCCGCCACAGAAGAAAAGCUUUUGGUCGAGUUUGUCGGCGGAGCCAGCAGACCCUCUGAAAACAGCGUCUCCGUGGUUCAUCAAUCACAGACAGUGUGGGUCAACAUGGCGAGUCCAAGGACAAGAAGAGUUCUGAAGGAAGUGAGAACCGAAGACGAGAAUAAUCUAUGUUUUGAGUGUGGGGCUUUUAACCCUCAAUGGGUCAGUGUGACUUACGGGAUCUGGAUUUGUCUUGAGUGCUCUGGCAAGCACCGCGGCCUGGGAGUCCAUCUCAGUUUUGUGCGCUCUGUCACCAUGGACAAGUGGAAAGAUAUUGAGCUUGAGAAGAUGAAAGCAGGAGGAAAUGGAAAAUUCCGCCUUUUUCUUGAACUCCAAGAUGAUUAUGAUCCCACCUGGACUUUACAGGAGAAGUACAACAGCAAAGCUGCUGCACUCUUUAGGGAUAAGGUGGCAACUUUAGCAGAGGGUAAGGAGUGGUCCAUUGAGACAUCCCCUGCCAGAAACUGGACAUCUCCCCAACCCAAGACUAGCCUAUCAUCCUCUCAUCGCUCUGGAGGACCUGGACAAAGUUCAGUGAAAUCUGGUGACAAAGCUUUUGAAGACUGGUUGAGUGAUGAUGUUAACUCAUAUCAGAGUGGAGGGGGCUACAGUGGGAAUCAAGAGAAUCGGUACGUUGGCUUCGGAAACACGGUGACCCCAGAGAAGAAAGAGGAUGACUUCAUUAACAAUGCCAUGUCUUCUAUUUAUUCAGGUUGGAGCAGUUUCACUGUUGGAGCUAGCAAGUUUGCCUCUAUCGCUAAAGAUAAUACAUCUAAACUGGCAAACCAAGCAACCUUAAAGGCCACAGAGUUAGGACAGACAUUAAAUGAGAAUGUUAUCAAACCCACCCAAGAAAAGGUAAAAGAUGGCAAAUUGCUAGAUGAAAUGGCAGUCGGCAUCACUGGGCUGGCAAGCAAGGUUCAGGGAGCUGGAGCAAAAUUGACCAAUCUCUUCUCUGGAAAACCGGAGGAUGGGUCUGCUGGAGAGAGCUACCAGAACAUGGAUGCCACUGAGGGAUAUCAGGGCAGCUCCAGCCAGCCCAUGUCAAAGGACUUCUGGGAAACCUUUGGCAGCAACAGCUCCUUAAAAGCCAAGAAAUCUCCCAGCAGUGACAGCUGGACCAUCGCAGAUAAUUCUGCAAAGAAGAGCUCUGACAGUUGGGACAAUUGGGGCUCCGAAGCAGCAUCCAACAACAAACACAGCACAGAGGAGAGCUGGGAAGCCUGGGACAACAACUGGGAGAACGCGGAUGGUAAGACGAAGAAGAGUCCCACGAAACCUGCGGAGGAAGCCUGGGAUAAUGCAGACUGGUAGUGACCUCACAAACAUACAUCUCAUCCUUUGUCCCGCUCUGGCCUUUACCCUCUGUUUCUUUCUCUCUGUUCAUCUCACUGGCACUUUCAGGGAAAGAGCUGCGUCAGCUCAGUUCCUGUCAAUCCCAUCAAAAUAUAUUUAUUAUAAACCCAAGAAACAAUAACUGAAGCCCAGGGGGAAGUUGAGCUCAUUAUUAAAAGAAUAUUCUUAAAAUAUACAACUACACUGACUCGCAUUCACGUAUUUCAUUGUAAAUUACCUUCAUCACAACUAAUUCAGCAUCAAUCAGUGUAGAUAUUGUCAUAAUUUUCUGCCAGGGCUCCCCGAAUAUAUAACUCGUAAUGGUGACUAAGCCAGUGUUCAUACUGUUUGGGUUUAGUGAUACUGGUUCUCUAGUCACCACAUUAAAAAAUGAUGCAUGAUGGAGAAAAUCUAAGAUUGUAAAUAUAAAUCCUUGUAAAUACAGUAUGAUUGACUAAACACUGAAGACAUGAUUUUCUGUUUGUUCAAUCAAAUUGAUUUAUUCUGCCCCUGGACCUUUUGCACAUUUUGUUCUUGAAAUUUAUAUUUUAAUUUUAUUUUUCUUUCCAUGGUUACAUUAAAUCAAAGAACCGCUUUAACAAAUUGGCUACCAUUAAUCAAUCUGUGUGGGUGCUGGAAAUUUAAAUGUUAUAAUGUUAUGUGUAAUGAGCUAAAGCUGAAUGACCUUUAUAGUAUUUUUUUGUAUUUUUUUUCAAAAUGUGCAAACAGUCGAUGGGCUUUAAAGCAGAGAGCUGCAUAUACAUUAUCAAAUCAUCAAGACCAGAAAAUGACACAAGCGGAUGCUUAAAAGUUUAAUUUGGUUCAUCCUAAACAAAUAAAGUUUAUUAAUUUUUGCCCCUCUGGUAAAACUAUCAGGUAAGGUGCUUUAGGGUAAAUACAUGUAUUGUAUCACACAGUGUCAUGCAGACGAGCUGACUUAAAACUCAAAAUGAAUGUACUAAUGAGCUGUUGAAACUAAUUUCGAUUGGUUAAUACAAUACUGUGAUUUAUGUUUCACUUUUUUCCAUCUUCACCAUCUAUUGUUAAUGACAACUCAAAACCUGUCAGUGACUCCCAUUCAAAUGUUCAUUGUAAAGUUAAAUAUUUUUGGGCACAUGCCCACAGUGUAAUUUUAGUAUUAUUUUUUGUUAUGAAACUCUUUAAAUAAUCUUACUUUUUAUGGUAAGUUAUCACAUUGGUGUUUUUUUUUAAUUAUUAUUUGUUACUUUAAAGCUGAAAUUAAUCUGCUUGGGUUGAGAAUUAUCAAGCAAAAAUAUGACAGAAAUCAAUCACAAAAUCAAAUUGUGGAACAUAAAAUUCCAAUAAAAUGCCAACCUGCCAAAAGCUAUCGAUCUACCAGGGGAGAAGAUGGGGAUUUAUUGUAAUAUCAUACAAUGUAUUUAUUUGUUUUUUUUUUCUUCCCUUAAAGUUGGCUGAUACUUUUUAAACCAAAACUUUCAAAUUAAAGUUCAAACAGUCAGGACAGACUGUGUUCCCGUGUUCUCUUAUAAAUCCAGCUGAUGCUCAGAAACAUUGAAUAAUGUCUCAAAUAACGAAAGCCACUUGUUAGACAUCAGCAAUAGUUCAAUUCAUAGAUUUGCAAAUUUAUUUUCAAAAUUUAACAUUUGGUAUUUUUAAGUAAUAGGUGUCUAAAGAUUAUAUAAACGAUUUAUUGUAGAUAAUUGCAGGGUAAAAUACUGUAUGUACUGUAUGCGUGUGUGGAGGCUGUGUUUAAAUAACUGGACUCAGAUGGGGACUGUAGACUACAUUGGUAACUGCAUGGUGUUGCCUGUGAGCCUGUAACUUGUGACCUGAACUGAACAGAUCAAUGUAAAUUUCAUUUCAUAUGAAGCAACUCUGUGUGAUCUGUCCUCCACAUCUGCGUUACUGCAGCACCUGGGUCAUUAUGUAUUGUGAGGAUUUGAUGUAUGAUGACGGAUUACUUCACACUCGUAUCAGCACUUGAAUUGUGGAGUAAUGUUAAUGAGGCUCAUUAUGCGCUCGUGGCGGUCGUGGCUCUCCAACUUUUGUCAUGAAUUAAUUUAAUCAACCCGGUGUGCCCCUUAGUCAGAGGAAAUGGCAGCUCUGCUCAUGUUGUACAUCGCAGAUGCAAAUGUUGUAUCUUAUCGUGAAAAGCUCAUUGUUUGGACAAGUGUGCAUAUAAUCAGUGUGAAAUUAGGGGUUUUUCAAGCCUCUGGUAAUCUUAAAAUUCAAACGAGCUGACGGAUUUAAAACUCGGCCAAAUUUUUGCAGAAGCUACAGUAACUUCCCUGUGUGGCCUUCUCUACCACAUAAGGUACUGCGACUUUAUCAUACUGUAAAUGACUAUGAAGUUUCAUUAGAUUGUACAUGUACUAACUCACAGAUCCCACUCUUCAUGAAUGAGGCAAACCACUAUAACUCAACCCAAGCUGAAAGAGUAACUAAACCUCCAAACCACUUUUUUUCCAGUUAAAAGGUAAUAUAUAUUGGUAAAUUAUACGUACUGUGCUGUACAAGUGCAUAGCGAUUGCCCACAAAAGGUUGAGACCUGCCCAUUGCAUUUGAAUUUUCCAAUUGAAUUUUUUUGGUAGCAUGAACGUGCUUUAAUCUCCAACUGAGCCCCCUGUCGCCGCCCCGUCGCCACACUCUUAACAACCUUCUAUUUUGUGUGUGCGCAGGUGGCAGGAAGGUGCUGUGGAUUGAGAGGCAGCACAAUUAGGUAACUGGGCAUGUUUCCGCUCUUCUCCCAGCCCUGCCCAUUUUUGAGACUUUGUUUUACAUUCCAGGGAGGGGGCACUCAAGUUGAAAGUGGGGAGUUAAGUUACUCUGUAAUAUAUAACAUCACAGGUCUUUGUUUGAUUGUAGAGCUGUUCCAGUACCAUUUUUUUCUUCCUGAUACCUGAUAUUCAGAUACUUUAACUUGCGUAUUGGCUAAUACCAACUAACAAUCCAAUACCAUGGCAUUAAAGACAAAAUUCACAGCUGUAUUCUACUAAUCCUUUAUGAAUUGGAAAUGAUAACUAUUGUUUUAUGUUAUGGUUAAGGUUAAACCCUAAACUGGAAGAAUAAAAUAUAGCCCAAUUGCUAACGUUUUGUGUUAGCAACUAACAUUACAGUUUUUGCCAGAAAUCACUUUUUCUUCGCUGCUAUAAAACAGUAGUUGCCAGCGGCUGCACAGCACAACUCUUUGUGGCUACCUUUUUAGAGCGAAGAAGAAGAAUCUUUUUCUGGGAAAGCUGCUUUUUUAUUCAGGUAUAAAACUAUUUUAAAGCUUAUUACAACAUUUGGUAUCAGAUUGGUGCAUAGACUUACAUACUCACUAAUACCUGAUCCAGCAUUUUAGGCCGUAUCAGAGGCAUUUCUGAUACUGGUAUCAGUAUCGGAACAGCUUUAUUGGAUCUGUCUACAUUUGUAAAAAAAUAAAAUAAAAUAAAAUAAAGAAUUAAAGCAGAAGAUAAUGACUAAUACCAAAAGACAUAUUAACAUGCUUGGUUUGCAUUAUAUUCUUUGAGGCUUGUUGUCUGUGAUCAUUGGCCAGUAGUCAAUUAUUAGCUGCUCACAGAGCAGUCUGCCUGUGCAAUAAAGCUGCUGGAUUCCUGUUUGUUAUUAGGAUGUUUUAACAUUUUGUUUUACUUAUAUAGGCAGUACUGAUUGGGCCUUAUGAAUAGUAAAAAUAAUAUUUUGUUUUAAUAUGUGAAGGCUUAUUCCUGGGAACUUAAUUCCAUGCCCAUUUCCUACCUCUAAGAAGUCUUCAGUUUACAGCCGAUUUUUUAGUAGUCAACAUUAGAGCUGCAACGAUGAGUUGUUUAAUUUAUAAGCUGAUGAAAGAAAAAUUAAUUGCCAAUUAUUGUGAUAAUCAAUUUAUUGUUUCAGUAAUUUUUAAGGCAAAUGUCAAACAUUUGAAAAUUUUAGCAUCUUAAAUGUAAGAACUUGAUGCUUUUCUUUGUCAUUUAUGAUGGUAAAUGAAGAGUCUUUUGGUUUUGGACUGUUGGUUGGACAAAAGAAGCAAUCUGAAGACGUCAAUUUGGACUCUAGGAAAUUGUGAUUAGCAUUUUCCAUAACUGUUUGACAUUUUAUAGACUAAACGAUUUAACGUGAAAAUAUUCGACAGGUAAAUUGAUGAUAAAAACAUGCUUUUUUUGUGAACAUUUCAGCAUUGUUUUGACAAAGAUCUUAUAACAGCAGGCUUUGCUGUGGCUCGUUUUGUCAUUGCCGAAGGAAUGUUGUUAAAGCAGAUCAACAAAGAUGGAUCUACAGUGUUAGUGUGUUCACAGUUACAGUGCAAUGUAAAAAAACGAAAGUAUCACUCCUGGAACAUUUGUGUCGCUGAACCUCUGCAGUCGUGUUCAUGUAUGGUCAUGUGUUUACAAACCUUAAACAGCUGUGAUUGCUUUCUGUUAUUACUGGUGUCAGUUUGUGUGUCUCUGAUGCAGUGAGGUGUACAUGUCAGUAAAUCACCACCAAACAUAUAUUGUUACCCUCAGCCUUUACUAUAUUAUUGAAGCUUUUUGUCAUUUUGUUUUUUUAUUUUUAUUUUGCGAUGGCAUAAAACAUAAAAACUGCCAGGAUAUGAAUUUUGAAAAGGGAAAAUUUGAACCACCACUUGUCUGAAAUCAGUAAAAGAGCUCUUGUUCUGAAAUAUAAUGGCUUUUUUUUAAUUGGCGAAUGUUGAGGUUAAUGGUAGAUUUGAUUCGCAAACAGACUGCAGAAUAUGUUAUUGACUGAAAUGCAUCCGAUAGGUCUUGCAUUUUUUAUUUUUUUAUUUUAAAAACCUGAUGUAGUCUGAAGGUAAUGCUAAUAACUUUUCAGAGCAGCAGUCUGGCUCAGUGUCUGUGCCUGUCGAACAUUUGAGAUUGGGUAUGUUCGUGUUUGUUAAUGAAACUAUUAUGUCAGAAAUACUAUUUUUGAUGUCAUGCAUGAGAAUGUAACGUGGAGCUAAAAACAUUCAGCUGUUGUUUGAUUUACAAAAGUCGUUUCCUGAGUGAAUUUAAGUGCAGUUGUCUGCUUGCCCCUUCAAGUUUCACCAGCAGCCAUCUCAUGAGGUGAGCCAGCGUUACCUACUCAGUUGAGGCUGUGGAUGUUUCUCCUGUACACAUGGUUUCCGUGUUCAAUAAAAAUGUAUCGUGCCGUGAA